AUGAUCUCAACUUGGAAUGUAAGGGGCAUGAAUAAGGAUAUAAGGCACAGAGAGGUAAGCUCCUACCUCCAUAGUAUGCAAGUGCCUAUUAUAGCUUUAUUAGAGACUAGAGUUAAACAAGAUAAAGCAGACAGAAUUAGAUCUAAAUUUGGCAAUAAGUGGUCAUUCACUGACAACUAUUCCCAUCACUACAAUGGGAGGAUUUGGAUCAUGUGGAAGACUCAUGAAAUUAAAAUAAAGGUGUUACAGAUUGAGGAGCAGUUCAUUCAUGUGGAGGUGAUCUCUAUGGACAACAAAACUCAAUACUAUGCAACAAUUGUGUAUGCAAUGAACCAAAUUGAGAGAAGGAAGAUCCUGUGGGAACAGAUUGACAAAAUUGGGGAGCACAUGGAUAAGCCUUGGAUUGUUAUGGGGGAUUAUAACAAUGUGCUUACUUGCCAGGAUAGGAUUGGAGGUAACCCUGUGACAUUAAAUGAGUACAAGGACUUGGCAGAGAUGAUGCAGAGGAGCGGGCUCUAUGAAGCUGCAUCUAGAGGAUGCCAUUACACAUGGUCAAAUAAGCAUCUCACUGGAGCUAUCUACUCCAGAAUAGAUAGACUUAUUGGCAAUGCCCUAUGGUUCCAAGACUACCCGGAUGUUAUUGUUGAGGUCCUUCCCCCUAGCAUAUCUGACCAUGCCCCCAUUAGGGUUAGGAGCCUAUCUGUACAAAGUAAAAGGAAGUACCAUUUCAAGUUUCUGAAUUGUGUAGCUAGCAAGGAGAACUUUCAAGAUAUUGUGAGAAGGAGCUGGAGUAUUAGUACUCAGGGUGGUCCCAUGCAAAGACUGUGGGCCAAACUGAAAAGACUACAAUGUGAUCUUAGGCCCCUUAAGAGAGAGUGUAGUGAUAUCAGGACCAAAAUCCUAAAGGCUAGAGAUGAUCUUGAGAAAGCUCACCAGGGUCUGCAGGCUAAUUUGUUCGACACUGCAGCUGCAGAGUUAGUGUAUCAGUGUACAAAUAAACUGUUGGAGCUGAACCAAACUGAAGAGAAUAUCUUGAAGCAAAAAGCUAAGGUGGACUGGCUGAGACUUGGUGAUGGCAAUAAUGCCUAUUUCCAUACCUCGAUCAGAGAGAGGCAUAAGCACAAGAGUAUGAGCACCUUGACUUCAUCCAAAGGGGAGGUUCUAACCAAUAGAGAAGACAUAGUCAAGGAAGUCCUUGAGUUCUACAAGCAACUGUUGGGCAAGGCAUCAAAAGAUUUAACAGGGGUUGAUAAGCCAUGCAUCAUGAGAGGUAAAAUGCUGUCAAGAGAGGAUGCUCUUAGCUUAAUUGCUCCUGUGACUGAACUGGAAAUUUGGGAAGCUUUGAAGGGCAUAUGA